AUGCCGUUCAACACACGCCUUACUAGGGCACUGGGUAUCCAGAUCCCAAUCGUGCAAGGUGGGAUGCAAUGGGUAGGGUAUGCAGAACUCGCCUCGGCUGUUAGCAAUGCAGGUGGAUUAGGUAUUGUCACGGCGCUUACACAACCUUCCCCUGAAGAUUUGCGCAAGGAGAUUCGGCGGUGCAAAAAUAUGACGAGCCGCCCCUUUGGGGUAAAUAUUACAAUUCUCCCGGCAAUGGUGCCCCCAGACUAUAGAGCAUAUGCUCAAGUAGUCAUAGAAGAGGGGGUCAGAGUCGUUGAAACUGCAGGCAACAAUCCGGAACAAAUAAUUACGCAGCUCAAGGACGCUGGUGUGAUAAUUUUACAUAAAUGCACCUCUAUAAGACAUGCCCAGCGCGCUGCGAGACUUGGGGCUGAUUUUCUUAGCAUCGAUGGUUUCGAAUGUGCAGGGCACGUUGGUGAAACAGACAUCACGAACCUCAUUCUCCUGAGUCGGGCACGUCAGAGCUUGACAACACCUUUUAUUGCCUCUGGAGGUUUCGCGGAUGGACAUGGACUAGCAGCAGCGCUUGUUCUCGGCGCGGAGGGAAUCAACAUGGGUACUCGAUUCCUCUGUACGGUCGAAAGCCCGAUCCACGCCAACAUCAAGGAAGAGAUUGUCAAGGCUCAAGAAACUGACACGGUUCUGGUGCUCCGGCGGUGGCGCAAUACUAUGCGCCUGUUCAAGAAUAAGGUAACUCGGGAAGCAUUGGAAAUUGAAAAAAGUACGUCUAGCUCGGAUGACUUUGGAGAGAUUGCCCCGUAUGUCAGUGGUAAACGGGGGAGGGAAGUGUUUCGGCUUGGGGAUCCGGAUUACGGCGUAUGGACAGCAGGCCAGGUGCUUGGUCUCAUUCGCGAUAUCCCGACUUGUAGUGGCCUGUGCACGCGGAUUGAGAAAGAGGCCGAGAUUACGUUGGCCCAAACAACAGCAUUGAUUGUGCGUCAGGCUCACCUGUAA